AUAGUAACCCCGUUCGUAAAUGUGAUUCUAGGUACUUAUCUCUAUUUUUCUUUCCAGAAAUUCACUGAAGAGGCGAAACUGAUGUCGCAAUCAAAGAAACUAAUCUACUUUACUAUUGUCAAUGGAGCCUUCGAAAAGAUGACGCUAAACUGGUUAUGUAAUGUGGCUGCAUUCAAGGUUAGUUUUCGACAUCAUGAAACUUUUCUGAUGCUUCGACCCGGAAAGUAUCUUCCUGGUUACGAAGAGGACUUGGACUGGGGAGAACAGAAGUACAUCGAUUUUCUGGUUGUCAGACUUCAGUUGAUGAAAGCUCUAGUAGAAAGUUCGGUGCGAUUCGUAUUGAUUGAGACCGACUCGACAUGGUUCCGAGAUCCGAUGGAGCUGUUUCUCAAUGCGACAAUGAUUGACGAUGCUGAUAUUGUGACUCCAAUCAAGGGGACUACUCAUGGAGACUCGUUGGCCUUCAGUCCCAUGCUGGUCGAACCGACAAACACGUCGGUGGUUUUAUUCAAAGAGAUCAAUCGGCGGAUUUCAGAUAACACAUCACUGUACGAUCAGGACGUUCUCAACGAGUUAUGCUCUAUACAACAUCACGGUGUAGUUUGUCGAAAUUUCGAGUACAGCGAAAUAGCUGAUGGGAAGUACUAUCUCAGCGACGAGGACAAAGGCCUCAUGCAGCCGUACAUUGUCAAUAACAACUUCUAUGUAGGUCUGAAGAACAAAGAAGCUCGCCAGGCUAUAAGUGGUCUAUGGUUCCUGACUAGAAGUGGACGCUGUUCAGUCGAGAAAGUUGAGCGGGCUCGAAAGCGUUUUCUCGGCCUAAGAUAG